CAACCACAGAACCACAAGUGCGGUGCACGAGAUUUCCCCAGGACGACAGGAGGGAGCCACUGGGGCGUAAAUGGUUAAUCAGAGUGGGUCAACCCCAGUCACAGAGACCCAACGAGUCAUUUAGGACUUCAAGGGUCACCACGACCUCCAGAGGAGGAGAGAGCCGAGGAGAUCCACGUGUGGCUAUGGCGUCUAACAGUCUUUUCAGCUCGGUGACUCCGUGUCAGCAGAACUUUUUCUGGGAUCCGAGCACCAGCCGCAGGUUCAGUCCGCCGUCCAGCAGCCUUCAGCCGGUGGCGGGGAAGAUGAGCGAUGCGCAGCAGGAGCCGAACGCGGCGGUGCCGAGACUCCGACAGCACGACAACCGGACGAUGGUGGAGAUCAUCGCGGACCACCCCGCCGAGCUCGUACGGACGGACAGCCCCAACUUUCUGUGCUCAGUGCUGCCGUCUCACUGGAGGUGCAACAAAACUCUCCCGGUGGCGUUUAAGGUUGUUGCUCUGGGAGAUGUUCCUGACGGGACGGUGGUGACAGUUAUGGCAGGAAAUGACGAGAACUACUCGGCAGAACUGCGAAACGCCUCAGCUGUCAUGAAGAAUCAGGUGGCGCGUUUCAACGACCUGAGAUUUGUUGGCAGGAGUGGAAGAGGAAAGAGCUUCACGCUGACAAUCACAGUAUUCACGAACCCACCGCAAGUGGCCACUUACCACCGAGCCAUAAAGGUCACAGUGGACGGACCGCGCGAGCCGCGAAGACACAGACAGAAACUGGAAGACCCCCCUAAACCGCCGCUGUUCUCCGAGCGCCUGAGCGAGUUAGAGCGUUUACGCCAGACCACCAUGAGAGUUGCCGUGCAAACCCAGAGUCCCCGGCCGUCUCUCAACGCCACGCCGAACUCCUUCAAUCCGCAGGGGCAAACUCAGAUCUCAGAUCCGCGGCAGGCGCAGUCCUCUCCGCCAUGGUCCUACGAGCAGCCGUACACUCCUUACCUGAGCCAAAUGACGUCUCCCUCCAUCCACUCCACCACCCCGCUGUCCUCCACCCGCGCCACGGGCCUGCCCACCAUCAGCGACGUGCCAAGACGCCUCUCAGGUACGUCAGAUCUCAGUCCGUUCUCGGCCGACCCACGCCAGUUUGAACGUCAAUUUCCCGGUCUGUCUUCUCUCACAGAUACCCGGUUCCCCAGUCCCAGAAUGCACUAUCCUGCGACGUUCACGUACACCCCCACGCCGGUCACCUCGGGCAUGUCUCUGGGCAUGUCCACCACCACCCACUACCAUACCUACCUGCCUCCGCCGUACCCCGGAUCCACCCAGAACCAGAGCGGGCCCUUCCAGACCAGCAGCACGCCAUAUCUCUACUACGGCGCCUCGUCCGGGUCUUACCAGUUCUCAAUGGUGCCCGGCGGAGAUCGAUCCCCCUCUAGGAUGCUGCCGCCUUGCACUAGCGCGUCCACCGGCAGCACCCUCAUCAAUCCCAACCUGCCCAAUCAGACGGACGGAGGCGAGGCGGACGGCAGCCACAGCAGCUCGCCAACUGUGCUCAACUCCAGCGGCAGGAUGGACGAGUCCGUUUGGAGACCAUAUUGAGACGGGCUGGUCGAACGAGACCUCAACGCAGCACUGUUAGCCUUAAAGACAGAGUGCGAGAGAUAGUUGCAUGAAAGAAUCAGCGGAUUUGAAGCACAAACUCAUUGGUACUCGUUGGUACUCAUUGAUACUCACUGGUACUCGUUAGUACUUGCUGGUACUCACUGGUACUCAUUGGUACUUGUACACAUCAGUACUCAUUGGUACACACUGGUACUCGUUGUACUUGCUGGUACUCACUGGUACUCUGUUGUACUCAUUGGUACUUCCUGGUACUCAUUAGUACUCGUUGGUACUCGCCAGUACUCGUUGAUACAAAGGUACAAUAUUGAAUGGUUGCAGUGUAUUUUUAUGAUUACACUGAUGUUUUUUUAAUUCUAUUAAACAGAUGACCCUUACAGGGAAUGAUUUAAGGCAUUAAGGUACGACCACAUUAGCAAUAUUACAGCGAAAUUUUGCCAAGCAAUGGUAAAUGUGAGCGUACCUUUAGUCUAAUUCACCCAACAUUCCACUUUAUCAGUGAUAUAACACAUGCAGGUCACUGAAUUUAAAGGAAUAGUUCAACCAAAAAUGGAAAUAUACUUACCUUCAUGUCGUUCCAAAUCCGUAUGACUUUCUUUCUUCUGCAAAACACAAAAAGAGACGCUUAGCAUCAUGUUGAUGCUGCACAUUUAGAUACAACAAAAGCAUAGAGUCACUGUCAAACUCCAAAAUCCUCUUUAAGAUAGUUUUUGGUGCUUUUAAACUCCAAAAAAGUGGUCCAAUCUAUUCAAUAGCUUUGUGUAAAGACCUAUAUUUAAGAGUAACUGAUGCCAGAACGUUAAUUUUUGGAUGAACUAUCCCUUUACCUGUCUUAAAGUAAACUUUCAUUGCAAUAGGAAUGCAUCUAUUGGCGCAGAAUAUUUUUAUACUAACUCGGUAUAAUUUAGCAUUUCUUAACACUGAAAGCAAUUUUUUAUUUAUGCGUGCUAGAAGUCAGCUAUCUGAAACAGUACUGGCUAAUUCCCUCUGUUUAUUUUAAUUUAUGUAUGAAACGGUAGCAAAUGGUACUGAUUCGAGAAGCAAUAUAAGCCAUAUAAACUUUAAAUUAUGCAAUGCGUUUAGAGGGACGAAAUUUAAGACGUUUGAAUAUUAUUUUUGGGACAUCUAUUAAUAACUUAAUGAAAUAUUUACUCGUUUUGUAAUUUAAAUGUUUUGUUAUUAUUAUUAUUUUUAUUGUAAAGCAACCAAAAAGAAAAUCCAAUGAUACGUAAGCAAUGAAGGACAAAUAUUUCAUUGUAAGACUAUAUCCACAUUUAAAUGUUUGUGGAUUUUUCUUAUUUUUCUCAAAAUAAAAUCUCAGUCAGAAAUGUUCCACAUUAAGCAUUAAGACAUCCAGAAAUGUUUUCGACUGAGUAGAUAACAUCUAUAAUCAACAAAUGUACAAAAUAUGUUACGAGAGGUGACGUGCUGCACUCUCCACUUGUUUGAUUUUGGUAUCCAAUGUUUAUCUAGUUAAUUUAUUUUAGAUUUAUUGUUUAUUUAAUGUUUUUGGUGACUACAAGAACGACCAAACUCUUGCAGCAGUGGCCUAAAUCUUUGCAUCUUCGGACACAGACAUGAUCAAAUCUCACGCAUGCACUCGCAAUAAUAAAACGACCGGUUUCCGUCUCUCGUGCAGAUAUGAAAUCAAUACAGUCAUCAGCUUUCUGUUCUAUAACUGGAUGGUUAACUGCACUUUGUAGGUUAGUUAAACACUAUGCAAACUGUACUACAACAAUCAAACUCAGAAAUGUCUCUUUGCUGUGUGCUAAUGUUCUUGAGGUACAAUAUAAUCAAGUACUUUCAUAUUACUGGCAUGUUAGACAACAGAAUCUUUGGGCUGCAAGACAUUUUACAAACAAAUACUGAAUGGACAAUCAAAUUGAGUAGCCUAAAUUACACAAUGGAUGUUUACCAGAAAAGUUUAUCAUCUCUAUUUCUAUAAUUUAUUUAUUGGUCAACAAACCAUAAUGAGCUGGGAUGAAAUGAGAGCUCCUGCAAAUAUGUUACCAAUUCUAUUUGUAAUAAUGCAAUUUUCUUUACACUUUGUAGUUGGCGUCUUUGAAGAAUAAUGUAUGUUUCUGGAUUCAACAACAAGUGGUACUUGAUAGAAAGUUUGUCCAAAUGUAAGUUAAUAGGCUGCUGGCAGCACCCUUCCGAAACAAAUGUCACUUGUCUUUUUUAUUUCUGUUUUUGUUUAGAACAAAGCACUUCUUAUUUUAAAGGCAUGUAAAAGAAAUAAAGCCUCAAUGGCAGAUAUAAAGAACAAAAAUGAAUGUCCAGGUUAUAUUUUACUUACAUUUUGCAUGAAAAAAAUGAAUUUUCAUCGCAAACUCUCCUCACUGUAAUGCAAAAAAAUCAUGUGAAAUAAAUUAGCAUCAAUUAAAAUCAGUUCAAUGGCAUAUAAAUAUAUUUUAAUAAAUAUAAAACACGCAUUUUUUUUUUACCUUACAGUGAUUAAAAACGAUGCAAAUAUUUGCAAUGCAAAAAGUCUUAAACAUGGUUCUAAACUUAAUGCAUAUAAUAUUUUGAUAAAAUAUAACCUGAACAUGUGCUUUAUCGAAGAUUCACCCAAAAACUAGCAAUCUGAACGGCAUCUCUAUUUGGGGUACAAAUUUGUACAAACAUCAUGCCUGUAUGCAUUUGUCGGCCCGCUAUUUUCUUCUGUACAGUAUUAAACUCCAUUUCUUUGAGUUCGGCAACAAAAACAACACUUACACUGCUGUUCUUAAUUGCCCCACAAUUUGAUUUUGCCUUUUCUUUUACCGUGGUGUCUUCUGGUAGUGAGGAGAGCGUGUAUGUUUACAGAAUGUUUACAAAAAGCUGCAAGCAGGUAACUGCAAAUGUAAAGAACCUCUGCACUGUUAACUUUGUAUGAAUCCGUGUUUAAUUGCUUCAAUAUGUCUGAUAAUACAAGAACAACAUUGGUCUGUCUUAAUCGAACAUGUCACAGGGCCAAAAUAUUUCUAUGCUUUUGGGCUAUGGACUGUGUUUUUCAUUGACCUUUUUUAUGUAGUACCCUUGCAAGAAUCUGUCUUAUGGGUCACUAGCAGAGAUUUCUUCCAUGAGACUUUCUUCCAUGUGACUUAUACAUGAGAGAUUUAUAUUCAUUCUAUACAUUAAAAAGAGCAUUGAGAUUUUGAGUACAUUCUGUCAUUAUCACAGAGUUUUGGGCUUCUCCUUGGACUAUCUAUUUGCAAAUUUCAUUUACAUUGCCAGUACGUAAGGUCAAAUUAACACAUGAAGAAAACCAAAUGCUUCCAUGACGUCUUUUGCGCUCCAUUAUUGUCUGUACUUUUAACUAAGUGUUUCGUAUUUGAAACCCUGGAAAACUGCGAUCGAAAUAUGCAUCGUUUUGAUUCAUCACAAUGCUUUGUUUGUAAACAACGGGAGAACGCAUUAUCUCAUUGGUGUCGAGCAUUAUUUCCUUGCACAUACUGUACAGAUGUUUCAGUUUCGACAAUCUUUCGUUCUGUUUCAUCCAUAAGGUUUGUGAAACUUUAACCUGUUUGUAUGGGACUAACAAUCCAGUAAAAAUUUGUGAGAUUUUUGAGCAUUUCUGAUGAUUGUAUCAUUUGUCUUUGAGAAUAAAAAUGGCUUUUUUGUUAUAA